CUCCCGGACGAUGGAGACGUCCGCGCCCAGGGUGGGAGUCCGCGCUUCCGGCCGCCACCACCUCCACCUCCCUUCCAUCCUCGACAAGAUGCCUGCCCCUGGCGCCCUCAUCCUCCUCGCGGCCGUCUCCGCCUCUGGCUGCCUGGCGUCCCCGGCCCAUCCCGAUGGAUUCGCCCUGGGCCGGGCCCCUCUGGCUCCUCCCUACGCCGUGGUCCUCAUUUCCUGCUCCGGCCUGCUGGCCUUCAUCUUCCUCCUCCUCACCUGUCUGUGCUGCAAAAGGGGCGAUGUCGGUUUCAAGGAGUUUGAGAACCCUGAAGGAGAGGACUGCUCUGGGGAGUACACUCCCCCAGCAGAGGAGACCUCCUCAUCUCAGUCGCUGCCUGAUGUCUACAUUCUCCCGCUGGCUGAGGUCUCCUUGCCAAUGCCUGCCCCGCAGCCUUCACACUCAGACAUGACCACCCCUUUGAGUCUUAGCCGCCAGCACCUCAGCUACCUACAAGAGAUUGGGAGUGGCUGGUUUGGGAAGGUGAUCCUGGGAGAGCUCUUCUCUGACUACACCCCAGCCCAGGUGGUGGUGAAGGAGCUCCGAGCCAGCGCAGGGCCACUGGAGCAGCGCAAGUUCAUCUCGGAAGCUCAACCUUACAGGAGCCUGCAGCACCCCAACGUCCUCCAGUGCCUGGGCCUCUGUGUGGAGACGCUGCCCUUCCUGCUGAUCAUGGAGUUCUGUCAGCUGGGGGACCUGAAGCGUUACCUCCGGGCCCAGCGACCCCCCGAGGGCCUGUCCCCAGAGCUGCCCCCUCGAGAUCUGCGCACACUGCAGAGGAUGGGCCUGGAGAUCGCCCGCGGGCUGGCGCACCUGCACUCCCACAACUACGUGCACAGCGACCUGGCCUUGCGCAACUGCCUGCUGACCUCCGACCUCACGGUGCGCAUCGGAGAUUAUGGGCUGGCCCACAGCAACUACAAGGAGGACUACUACCUGACCCCCGAGCGCCUGUGGAUCCCCCUGCGAUGGGCAGCGCCCGAGCUCCUCGGGGAGCUGCACGGGACCUUCAUGGUGGUGGACCAGAGCCGAGAGAGCAACAUCUGGUCCCUGGGGGUGACCCUGUGGGAGCUGUUUGAGUUUGGGGCACAGCCCUACCGUCACCUGUCAGACGAGGAGGUCCUCGCCUUUGUUGUCCGCCAGCAGCACGUCAAGCUAGCCCGCCCCAGGCUCAAGCUGCCCUAUGCCGACUACUGGUAUGACAUCCUGCAGUCCUGCUGGCGGCCACCUGCCCAGCGCCCCUCAGCCUCUGAUCUCCAACUGCAGCUCACGUACCUGCUCUCUGAGCGCCCCCCCAGACCCCCACCUCCUCCACCCCCACCCCGAGAUGGUCCCUUCCCCUGGCCCUGGCCGCCAUCGCACAGUGCACCCCGCCCAGGGACCCUGUCCUCGCCGUUCCCCCUUCUGGAUGGCUUCCCUGGGGCUGACCCUGAUGAUGUGCUCACGGUCACCGAGAGUAGCCGUGGCCUCAACCUUGAGUGCCUGUGGGAGAAGGCGAGGCGUGGGGCAGGCCGGGGUGGGGGGGCACCUCCCUGGCAGCCGGCGUCUGCACCCCCAGCCCCCCAUGCCAACCCCUCCAACCCUUUCUAUGAGGCACUGUCCACACCCAGUGUGCUGCCGGUCAUCAGCGCCCGCAGCCCCUCGGUGAGCAGUGAGUACUACAUCCGCCUGGAGGAGCAUGGCUCCCCACCCGAGCCCCUCUUCCCCAACGACUGGGACCCCCUGGACCCAGGCGUGCCUGCCCCUCAGGCCCCUCAGGCCCCCUCCGAGGUGCCCCAGCUGGUGUCCGAGGAAGGGGUCCCUCGGCCGCGGGCUCCCCCCGAGCCACCCGACCCAGGAGCGCCCCGGCCACCCCCAGACCCGGGUCCCCACCCACCCCCAGGGAACCGGGAGAAGCCAACUUUCGUAGUUCAAGUGAGCACCGAGCAGCUACUGAUGUCCCUGCGGGAGGAUGUGACAAGGAACCUCCUAGGGGACAAGGGGGUGACAUCCCGGGAGACAGGACCCAGGAAGGCGGGGAGAGGCCCCGGGAACAGAGAGAAAGUCCCAGGCCUGAACAGGGACCUGACAGUCCUGGGCGGCGGGAAGAAAGCCCCAAACCUGAGCCUCCCCGUGAACGGGGUGACAGUGUUGGAGAACGGGGGUCAGAGAGCCCUGGACAUGGAGGAGAAGGCGGCGGAGAAUGGGGGCCUGGAGUCCCCAGAGAGAGAAGAGAAAGUACUGGAGAAUGGGGACCUGACACCCCCAAGGAAGGAGGAGAAAGCCUUGGAGAAUGGGGAGCUGAGGUCCCCAGAGGCCGGGGAGAAGCUGCUGGUGAAUGGGGGACUGGUGUCCCCAAAGAGCGAGGAGAUGGUGUCAGAGAAUGGGAGCCUGAGCUUCCCCAGGAACACGGAGAGACCACCAGAGACUGGGCCUUGGAGAGCCCCAGGGCCCCGGGAGAAGACGCUCGAGAGUGGGGGUCCAGCCCCCACGAUCGGGGAGCCAGCCCCAGAGACCUCACUGGAGAAAGCCCUCAUACCCGGCGAGGUGGCCUUGCCCCAGAACGGCUUGGAGACAGCCCCUGGCCCCCUUGGCCCAGCCCCCAAGAGCGGGACACUGGAACCCGGGACGGAGAGGAGAGCCCACGAGACUGGGGGGGUGCAGAGAGCCCCCGGGGCUGGGAGGCUGGACCUCGGGAGUGGGGGCCAAGCCCCAGUGGGCAUGGGGAUGGCCCCCGGCGGCGGCCCCGGAAGCGGCGUGGACGCAAAGGCCGGAUGGGUAGACAGCAUGAGGCCACAGCCACUGCCACCGCCGCCACUGGAGGCCCAGCUGAGGAGGCCGGAGCCAGCGCCCCAGAGAUCCAAGCCGGAGGUGGCCCCCGAGGGAGAACUCGGGGUCCCAGACAGCAGGGCCGCCGGAGACACGGCACCCAGCGGAGACGGGGACCCCCCCAAGCCCGAGAGGAAGGGCCCCGAGAUGCCACGACUGUUCUUGGACUUGGGACCCCCUCAGGGGAACAGCGAGCAGAUCAAAGCCAAGCUCUCGCGGCUCUCGCUGGCGCUACCGCCGCUCACGCUCACGCCGUUCCCGGGGCCGGACGCGGACGCGGCCCGCCCGCUGCGGGGGCUGCUCAAGUCUCCGCGCGGGGCCGACGAGUCCGAGGACAGCGAGCUGGAGAGGAAACGCAAGAUGGUCUCCUUCCACGGGGACGUGACCGUCUACCUCUUCGACCAGGAGACGCCAACCAACGAGCUGAGCGUCCAGGGCCCCUCCGAGGGGGACACGGACCCGUCAACGCCCCCAGCGCCCCCGACGCCUCCCCACCCCGCCACCCCCGGAGAUGGGUUUCCCAGCAACGACAGCGGCUUUGGAGGCAGUUUCGAGUGGGCGGAGGAUUUCCCCCUCCUCCCCCCACCAGGCCCCCCCCUGUGCUUCUCCCGCUUCUCCGUCUCGCCUGCGCUGGAGACCCCGGGGCCGCCCGCCCGGGCCCCCGACGCCCGGCCCGCAGGCCCCGUGGAGAACUGAUUCCCCAAAGACCUGACCCCCCUGCACCCCCAGAAGAGGGUUUGAGAGUAGAAUCCUCUGUGGACGAGGGAGCCACUGCCACCGCGGCAGACGCCGACUCCGGGGAGGUCCCUGAGGUUGGGCCCUCCCCCUCCCCCACCAUGUGCCAAACGGGAGGCCCCGGCCCCCCACCCCCCAGCCCUCCGGACGGCUCCCCUGACCCCCCGGACCCCCUCGGUGCCAAAUGAGGCAGGAAGCCCCCAUCCCUUCCUGGAGAGCCGCCUUUCUUGGAACUGAACUGAACUCUUUUGGGCCUGGCGCCCCUGGGCACAGCGAAGGUCCCACCUCGCCCACUCCCAGCCCCAUGCAGGGGCCGCAGGCUUUGGGGACCUGGACCCCCCAUCUCGCGCCUCCCUUCCCCUCCCCAGCCUGGCCCCUGGAGGGGCCUCUGGUUCCAACCUUCGCGUGGCAUUUUCACAUUAUUUAAAAAAGAUAAAAACAACUUUUUGGAGGAA